CCAGACAAAUGCAAGAAACGCACUGAAUUUCAAAAGGCUAAACCAGGAGAUGGACACUGUCCCCGGCAGAACGGAGUGUAUCCUAGCGAUGAACCUGGAGAAUGUGAUGUUUUCUAUUCUUGUUUAAACGGUGUUGGAAGCUCAACACGGUGCGCUGAGGGACUACAUUACUCAGAAGAGGUUGGAACCUGUGUCUGGGCUCGAGACUCCGGGAGGAAGGGUUGUGUAUCUUUAUCAGACCCGGAGCAACCCAGACGAAAGAAAAACCCUGUCUCCACACCUGACCAAGCAACAGAGAAAACCGAACUUGUCGCCCUUGAAAACGGGUUUAAGUGUCCGGGCGGCAAAUUAGGCGUACACCCCGCCUUUCCCCACCCUACCAGCUGCAGGGAGUACUACGUCUGUCUGAACGGUAUAACCCCGAACGAGGCCGGAUGCAGCGCAGGCCGAGUGUUUAAUCCGUCAACCUCGUCUUGUGAUUCUCCGGAGAAUGUUCCAGGAUGUGAGGAUACAUAUAAUAAAUCUAAGGAUAAACCAAAGCUCUCUGCUCUCCGGGAGGAGGAUAGAUCUUCCAGUUCCUCCAGUUCCUCCAGCUCCCCCAGCUCCCCCAGCUCCCCAGAUAUAUCUAACAGCGAGUUUAGUGGAUUUCUAGCUUUACUUCAGGAAAAGGGUUUGUUGCAACCAGACGCCAUUAAAAAACUUGGCUCCGCCAUGAAAGAAGAAUCUGACAGAGCAGAGGAGAAGGAAGAGAGAAGAAAGGAGGAGGAGGAGAGAGAGGAGAAAAGGAAGGAGGAGAAGGAGGAGGAGAGUUCUAGUACAGGAUCUAGAACACACAGAUUAAUGAACCUUUUCUCCCGUAGGGUUCCAGCAAACAGAAGAAAUAAGUUCACAUCCAGCUUUAUUCCUAGAGUUAGGAAUAACAGUGAUAAAGAAGAUCAAGAAGAAGAAGAGGAGGAAGAUGUUGAAGAAGUUGGUGAGGAAGAGAAUGAAAUGGACGAGAAGCAUGUUGAAACCAUGAACAAGAUUAUGGAAGAAAUUCUUGACAAUUCUGAAGAUGAAACCAUGAAGAAAAUUAUGGAAGCUAUUCUUGAUGAAGAAGAGGAAACCACUACUCCAGCUGCUACAGGUUUAGCUGGUCUGCUCAAGCGACGAAGACGACCUCAGUUCGGUCCGAAUUCCAGGAAACCUGGAACUCUUUUCUCCAGGCAUAGAACUAGACUUAGGAACGAACCUUCUUCAACAACAACGACAGAAGAGAAUAAACUUGAAGAUGAUCCUGAUGAGAAUACUAUCGAAACUGAGGCGGAAACUGUGAAACCCGUCAUCUCUAUUAAGGACAGGUUCACAAGUCUUAGACGGAGAAGACCUUUCCGACCUGCUCGGCCUUUGGAAAAGCCUGACCCAGAUAUUGAGGAAAUGAUGAAAGUAUUGGAGAAGGAAGAUGAUCUAAAACAUGAAUUUGACAAGUUUAUUCAAAAGAAUUUAAACAGGAAACCAACUAGCAGAUUCCGUCCCAAACUUGACAGAUCAAGAUUAAGAGUUUCCGGUAGAAACCGGUUCCGACCUAAAACCAGUUUUAAAGACGAAGAUAUGGAGGAGGUGGAGGAUACUGAAACUCCGACUGAUGCUGAAGCUACAGAUAGUCCGACUACUAACCCUUCUACAUCUGAGCAGGAAAUUGCUACAACUAUUGUAUCUGAAAAAACGUCUACAACUACUACUACUACUACUACUUCAACUACCACAACAACCACUACUACUACUACUACUACUGCUACUACGACGACCACAACUACAACUACCCCAUCAACUACCACAAGCACGUCUUCUACAACAACAACCACUCCUACAACAACUGAGCCAAGUACAGUUUUUGACACAACUCCGUUUUUUGUGCCCACCGCUCCUACUUUUGCCGACACAGUUACAGAGAAUAUUCGGGAUAAUGAAGUUUUUCCAACCUUCACUCCAGUAUUACAAACUACAGGUGGUGCAAGGGUACCUGGAGAGACUAAUAAGAACACCGAACCUAGUGAAUAUGAACCAUUUGAAUAUGUUUACUAUGAGUACUAUUAUGAUUAUGAAUACGAUGAUGAAGACUCUGUUGAAGAGCCAAGAAGUUCUGACGGUUCUCUGGGUACUCAGUUUAACACAGGCCCAAGGACAGAUAAUUCUCCGGAAGCGGUCGGUUCAACCUUAGCUCAACUUCCGGAACCAUCCUCCCGAGUUCCAAAUACAGCUCCAGAGUUUAAUGUAAUCCUACAAGACGAGACAGAUUUUGAUCCCUCUGGUUCCUUCUCUUCAGAUUUUACUCCGAAUGCUCGUCAGCCUCCGCCCAGGUUUGAGGUAUUAUCCGCAACAGAUGAGGAGAAAUUUCAACCUGAGCAAACCAGUCCAAACCGCAGACCAGAUAAUUUAGCUUCUACUACCUUUCCUAAACCUGCUCAGCCAAUCUUCCUCCAACAACCCAGAUCACACGAAGAUGUUCCUCAGAGGUUAAGACCACAGGAACCAAAUCCAGUCAGAUUUAGACCUGAGGAACCAGCUCCAAGUAGAUCCCCGACCAGUUUCAGUCCUGAUCAAUCUUCUCCUCCUUCUAGGUUUAAUACAGAACAGCCCUCCUCCUCAAGAUUUGGACAAGAAGAAUCAAGGCAAACUGAACCUGCCCCACUUAAAGAGGAUAACCCUACUCCUACUCAAAGAGUUGGGUUUGGGAGUCCUCCUGCACCUCCUAGACCUACUCCCCGAUUAUCUGAUUCUGGAACUCGGUUCCCCCAUUUCCAAAACUUUAAACCAAUUGAUCCAAAUUCCGACCCUAUAAUUUCUCCUGCAACAAGGAAUAAUCCUGCAAUAACCUUUCAAGAUGAAAAUGUUCUGGCUUUAGACCAAAAUAUAUUGGAACAAGAGAGAAGGCUAGAGCAGGAAAGAAGGUUAGAAAAGGAAAGAAGAGUGGAACUAGAUAAGAAAGCUGAACAAGACAAGUUGGCUGUACAAGCCAGAAAAGCUGAACAAGAGAGAAGAGCUGAACUUCUUAAACAAGAAGAGCAAGAGAGAAGAGCCGAAUUUGACAGACAAGAAGAGCAAGCCAGAGUUGCUGAGCAAAACCGGAUCAAGGCAGAAGCCAAGAAAUUAGAGCAAGAUAGAAUAGCUGAACAAAAUAGAAUUGCUGAAGAAGCUAGAAUUGCUGAACAAAACAGAAUAGAUGAACUUGAAAGAAUCAAAGAGCAAGAACGAAAAGCUGAACUAGAAAAGAUUGAAGAGCAGGAUAGAAAAGCUGCUCUGGAAAGAGAAGCGGAACAAGAAAGGAUAGAACAAGAACAAAGAGAAGAAGAAGAGAAAAACAGAAAGAUUGCCGAACAGGAACAGCGUGAAAAAAUUAGACUUAUUGAAGAAGAAAACAAGAGAAAACUUGAACAAGAAAGAAUCUUGGAAAGGGAAAGAAUUUUAGAAGAAGAACAAGAGUUUGAAAGAGAACAAGAAAGAAUAAGGCAUAGGGAGGAGGAAGAACGUAAGAAACAAAAGAAACAAGAAGAAGCAUCAACUUUUGGACCAUUUAGUGCUUUUAGAAACUUCCCUCAAUUUCCCCGAGAUCAAGAAAAGGAAUCAAUUGUAAACCUAAAUAAUUUCGUGAUAAAUCGUCCUGCUCAACCUGCCAGUCUUGAACCAGAGCCUCAGCCUUUAGUUGAUACUCCCAGACCCAUCCUUCCUCCUACUUCCCUAUCCUCUGCUCAACAACCAGCUCCAGCAAGCAAUCAAAAUACUUUCUUCCAAAAUCAGCAAUCUCGACCUUUCCAGAACCAGCCUUUCCAAGGUUUUCCAAAUCAGGGAACCCAGCCUAGUCAAUCCUUCCAACCUUUCCAAACCCAAUCCUCUCAAUCUUUUAGGACCCAACAGCCUUUUACAUUCUUCGGGCAACAGUUCCCCAGUCCAUCUAAUCAGCAAACCCAACCCAGACCCCAACCUCAGGCUCAGGAGGAUCAGAGGUUUGGAAAUCCUCCGUUCUCUGUUUUCGGAUCCAACCCCUCCCCUGUGAGCGGUGGUGGUGGAGGACGAGGGGAUGUUAACAAUGCUAUUAUCCAUGACCCUGACUCACAGUCAACCUCAUUUUUUAGUUUCAAUUCUCCCAGUUUCCGUGCCGGGCAGCCAACAACUAAGCCUGAGGAGCCAAGAUCCAUCCAAUCAAUCUUUCCAUCUUCAGGAUCAUCAUUUCAAUCCUUCCCAGGUUCAGUGUUCGGAGGAGGAGCUCCACGCUUCUCAAACCGCCCCAGUCCAGUACAAACAGUCCCAGGUUCAGUUCCUGUUCAGAGACCUAACCCUCCCCAAACAGUAUUCAACCUUGCGCCUUUGCAGUCGCAAACCGGAAAUAGAUUUCCGGAGCCCCAAUUCGGCGGCUUCCGGCCUGUAAAAAGACAUCUAGGCUCUGAUACCUUGUCAGAGCGAGUGAGCCGUGAAGAAAGAGAAGAAAGGCCAAGGCAGAUUGAGUUUUCAAACCGGAAGUUCCAGAGAAACCAUGCGCCACGUGCUCAACGGCGCACGCAGCGUGCUAAAUCUGCAAAUCAAAAUUACCGUGCGCAAAAAUCAGUGCACGGAAAUCAACAUAUGAGUGGCUAUUUAAAAAAUAGUAAGAAAAGCGCAAUCACAGACUCAAUAUAUGAUUUGUUAUACGAUUACUAGUGAACUGUCAUAAUACUCUAAAUGAGACCUGAUUGUAAAAUUCAAGUUAAACUCAAAAAUAAAGACAUUUACAUGAAACAGCGAGCAGAAGCUUAUGUCAUUAAAUGCACCAUUGUUUUACCCUUAUAGUCAAAUAUAUUGAUAGAUUUCUACA